AUGGACGUAGACGACCCCAAUGAGAAGAAGCCAAUGGAGUCAGUUACAGAAAAGUUGGAUGAAUUAGCCAAGCCUAAGCGUGAACACAAGCCUUUGGAGAGAACUUACAGGGAGAAGGCUUUAUUGGAAAAAACCCUGGAGGAGGCUAGGAUUGAGCCUCCUCCAAGGCAGGUUACUUUAUUGAAGAAGGGAAUUCCUAAGCCAAAGAAGCAGGACUCGGGGGGCAAGCCGCGCUUGAAUCCACUGGCCAAAGAAUUCAGGCCUGGACAAGCUUCAAUGAUACAGUGUAACAUGGUCGUUUUUCUUCCAUCCGAGCUAGAAGUGAAAAACAAUAAUCUUACUGCUAUGGAAGGAGACAUGGUGGAAAUGGGUGAAAUUGCUGAGAUACUGAAAGAGUCCCUCAACUCAGGCCUAAAUGGAGGUGGACCUUCAGUGGUAAUCUUGAAGGACGAAGAUGGGAAUGGUACGGAGAAUCGCGCUGCAAGCGUGAUAUUUGAGAAGCUAACCUCUAAGAUGACGAAGCAUAUCAAGCCUUUGUAUAUCUCAGGGUGUGUGGAUGGAAUGCCAAUUACCCGACUCCUUGUCGAUAAUGGUUCAGCAGCUAAUCUCAUGCCUAGGUCUACCAUGAUCAAGCUAGGCAAAACAGAUCAAGACCUGGUCUCAUCAACGGCUACUUUGACUGAUUUCACUGGGCAGGAAACGUCUUGUCAAGGGAUUUUGAUCAUGAAUCUAACGAUUGGAUCAAAGACUCUUACAACUCCUUUCUUUGUGGUAAAUUCACGGUCCUCAUUCAACAUUUUGUUGGGAAGGGAUUGGAUUCACGCCUGUUUAGCUGUGCCGUCAACCUUGCACCAAUGUUUGAUUUUUUGGAAUCAAGAAGAUGUGGAGGUAGUUUGGGCAGAUCGUAGACCUUUUCACGCCUCGACCAAUCAUGCUGAGGCUAGAUUAUACGAUGAGGAUGUCGGCCUAAUGAAAGUGGCAGGCUUGGAUAGGUUUGGCCGUCACAAGAUUGUACCUGUUUCUGCUCACAAAUCGGUGGAAGAGGUGAAGGCAUUUUACCAAGAGUUAAUCGGCCCAAUGAUCACGGAGUCAAGUAGGCCGAUUACAGCUUCAACCAAACGAUCAUUUAAAUGCUUAAACAAGAACGAUGACGAAGUGAUCAAUGAAGACCUAGACUUGGUUGAAGAUUUGGACGAAAUUCGUUUAGAAGACCUUGAGGCAGCCCCGGCCAAGUUGGAUGACCUGAAAGCUGAUGUCCAAGACCCUUUGGAAGAGGUUAACCUAGGAGAUUCAGAAAAUCCUUGGCCUGUGUACAUCAGCCAGCUUCUGCCAGAGGACGUGAAGAGAAAACUCAUUCAGCUCCUAAUGGAAUUCAAGUCUUGCUUUGCCUGGAACUAUGACGAACUUCCAGGCUUGUCCAGAGAUUUGGUGGAACACAAGUUACCUAUCCAAGCGGGGUUCAGGCCUUUUAAACAGCCACCAAGAAGGAUGUCCAAUGAGGUCUACUUGCAAGUGAAAGAGGAGAUAGAACGCCUUUUUAAUGCAGGGUUUAUACGAACGGCUAGGUAUGUCACUUGGCUUUCUAAUGUUGUGCCAGUCCUUAAGAAGAAUGGUAAGAUUAGAGUAUGCGUGGACUUCAGAAAUCUGAAUUUGGCUUCUCCAAAGGAUGAGUAUCCAACGCCGGUUGCAGACUUGUGUCCCGGUGCUUUGGGAACUUUUGAGUGGGUUGUAAUGCCUUUCGGCCUAAAGAAUGUGGGAGCCUCAUUUCAGCGAGCAAUGAAUGCUUAUUUUCACUAUUUCAUUGGCCGAUUCAUGGAGAUCUACGUCGAUGACAUAGUGGUCAAGUCUCAAUCCUAUGAUGAACACUUGGAACACUUGAGAAGCUCGUUUUUGAGAAUGCAACAAUUUGAUUUAAAGGUAAACCCCUUGAAAUGUGCCUUCGGAGUCUCCGCAGGCAAGUUCCUAGGGUUUUUGGUUCAUAACAGAGGGAUUGAAGUUGACAAGAAUAAGGCUAAGGCAGUCAUGGAAGCGAAGCCUCCUACUACCAAGAAAGAGUUGCAGAAGCUCUUGGGAUCAUUCAACUUUUUGAGAAGGUUUAUUUCAAACAUGGCAGGAAAGGUUCAGGUCUUUUCUCAACUCUUGAAGCUAAAAGAUCAAGAUACUUUUGUUUGGGAGGCAAGCCAUCAGAAGGCCUUUGAUGAGAUCAAAGGCUACCUAGCAAAAGCUCCAGUACUCAUGCCUCCCAUCAAGAACAAGCCUUUGAAGCUCUACAUUUCUGCUGCAGAAAACUCUAUUGGAUGCCUUUUAGCACAAGACAAUGAGCAAGGGAAAGAGCAAGCUGUGUAUUAUUUAAGUAGGCUGUUAACUUCUUGUGAAAGGAGAUAUACUCCUAUUGAAAAGUUUUGUCUUGCUUUGUACUUUGCAACAAUAAAAUUAAGGCACUACAUGCUUCCUGUUGUGGUUUACAUUAUGAGUCAAACAGACCUUAUUAAGUACUUGCUUUCUCGGCCAAUCAUGCGAGGGCGAAUAGGCAAAUGGUCUUUGGCCUUAAUGGAAUUUAAUUUUCGAUAUAUCCCUCAAAAGGCUGUAAUGGGCCAGGCCUUAGCGGAUUUUCUUGCCGAUCAUCCUUGCGUGGACAUCGGUGAAGAAUCCGAUAUAGGACUGAGCGCCUUGGAAGUCUCAUUCACUCCCUGGACUCUCCUAUUUGAUGGAUCAAAAACUCAAAUGGUCUCAGGCUGUGGAGUUAUCAUUAUUUCUCCUCAAGGCCUGAGAACAGAGUUAUCUUUUCAAUUCGACUUUCCAUGUACAAACAAUCAAGCCGAAUAUGAAGCGGUCAUAAUAGGCCUUGAGAUUCUUAGAGAUCUCGAGGCCAAAGAAGUAAGGGUUAUCGGGGAUUCAAACCUAGUAAUCAACCAUUUGGCAGUUUAG